AUGUCACUCAUCCAGCAGCCCACUUGGGGCUUUGAGCCACCGACAGAAACUCCUGACUACCACACACCCACCCUCGAAGAGCUCUCGAACGAGUUGAUCGAUAAGAUAUUCAGCUUCAUCACUGACAAGCGUGAUCUCUAUCGGUUGAUGAUGACCAGCAAGCACUGCCGCGAUCACGUUCUCCCGGUCUUGUACCAGAGUUUGAGCAUCGCCAUCGGCAUCAAGCUCGACGAGAAGCUGAAGAAACUCGCGACUGGACACAAUGUUGGGCUUUGCUACACGCGUGAAGUCGUCGCCUAUCCUGACGCCACCUACUUCGACGACCCGGAGAGGGCUCAAGAUCAACUGGACAACAUCAUCAAUCACUUCACACCCAACUCUUUGACCCCCUUCUGCUGGAAAGUUCCAUACUCACUCCUCCCCUGCCUCUCGCAAACUUUGUGGCAGCAACAGCGCAACCUGCAGCGGCUCGAAAUCAUUCCGCUCCGCUCGUCGGGUAUGCGGGGCGCAGGGCGCGACAUCGAUCUAUACGCGGAAAUGAAGGAUGCCAAGUUCACGAGCCUUCAAGCUGUGCGUGCCGUGGUCGCGACUGUUGACGAUGUGCGCCUGGCGUCUGUCGCGUUGCGAUGCGGCAAAGUCAGUACUCUGGAAGUCGAUGCGCGCAUAUGGAGCGGUCGGCGACGCACGCGCAAUCGAGCAGACAGGCCAGGACGAGUGGUCGAACGAAGGGCAGGCCCAGCAGAUUGA